AUGGAGCAGAACAACCUGGCGGCGAUUACGAGCUGGUAUCCCUGUGGCCCGACAUAUUACGGCCACCGCAGCUGCAGCCAUAUAGAUCAUAUGGUGAUCUCCGCCCCUUGGAUGUGCCGUGUGAAGAGCUGUGCUGUCGCGUACUGCCUCACUAGACGGGUACGUGCGAUACCUAGUGUGGCGGUGCUGGAUCACAUGAUUAUUGUUGCGGAGCUGGACUAUGAACUCACGUACAGUGCGCCUGCCAACCACGGCGUACACUGGGACUACCUCUCACUGGGACGUGCGAUGAAUGACAAGGAAGAGGCACUACAGUUCCGAGAGGAGGUGGAGGGGGCACUGGCGAAGCAAUUACACGAGGACGGGUACCUGGAGGUGGACGCCUGGAUGCGCGCUCACACGCUCGAGACGGCCUGGGAGAAGGAGUUUAUUGGUGCAGCGUCCGCCCACGACUAUCCAUUCUACCCCGAAAUGGAGCACUGGGAGCAGGCCAACCGUGACCUGGAUGGAGUAAUUGCGAAGUUAUACCAAG